AUGGUCCUCUCAGAAGAUGUCGCGCGAACAGCAGACAGAGCACCGAGGAGGAAGCCAGACGCCUUCGACUUCCUGAACCGGACAGAUGUGCCGCGGGGAUUGGAACGGAUACGAGAACAGAGAGAAGCACGUGGCAGCCGGCCGGCCACAGGACGGGAUGACGGCAAGAGGAGGACGCGAUCAGAGCCUUUUCAUGCCCUGAAGAUGCAGAGCUCGCUGCACCAGGUGCCCUACAACAACCGCACUGCCAUCAAGCGAAAGAUUGAAGAAUACGACUCCUUCGACAAGUUUCCCCUCGCCGAGCCUAUACUACGCGCCGUGAACGAUGCACUGCCCGAUCUCGAAUAUCGCAACCCAACCCCCGCACAAGCCGUCGCUAUACCCGCCCUCCUCGGCCUGCAAAAGGCUGUGCGCACAAAAGUAAAGUCGAAGAAGAGUGGGCCAGACUCUUUCCUACUGGCGGCUGAGACGGGCUCCGGAAAGACACUGGCAUACCUUCUGCCCACCCUCGAUGCUAUCAAAGAGGAGGAGGUUCGCGAAAAGGAAGAUGCCGAGGAGCAGGCAAAAAGAGACGCUGAAGAGGCGGCAUCGCAAGAACAUGAUAAGAGGACAGACAUGUUCGCUGUCGAGGAGCCUGAAACGAACAAGGCCGUAGACCCAGCACGACCGCGCGCCAUCAUCCUCGUCCCCUCCGCCGAACUCGUCGCUCAAGUCGGAGCCGUCGCAAAGUCUCUCUCCCAUACCGUCAAGUUUCGCGCUGCCCCAAUUUCAGCCAAGAUGUCCGCCACCGUCAUCCGCAAUCAGCUCUUCAACCCCAAUGGUGUCGAUGUUGUAAUCAGCACGCCACCGCUCCUCGCCAGCAUUGCCGAGAGCAACCCCAACAUCCUCGCACGGGUCACUCACCUCAUCUGUGACGAAGCAGACUCCCUCUUUGACCGGUCCUUCAAGGAAAGCACAACCCAGAUCUUGGAGCGCGCUACACCCUCCCUCAAGAAGCUUGUCCUCUGCUCCGCUACCAUACCCAAGUACCUUGACAAGUACCUUGCAGACAGAUUCCCCGAUAUGCAGCGUCUCGUUACGCCCAACCUCCACGCCAUUCCACGAAGAGUACAAUUGGGUGUCGUCGAUGUGAACAAAGACCCAUACCGUGGCAACAAGAUGCUCGCAUGUGCAGACACAAUAUGGCAGAUUGGCAAGGCAUCUGUGGACUAUGACGCCAACGAAGGCAAGGAAGUCAUACCCACAAAGCGUGUCUUGGUCUUCGUCAACGAACGUGAAGACACGGAAGAAGUAGCACAAUAUCUCAUUAAGAAGGGUAUUGACGCCCUCGCCUUCCACCGCGACACUGAUCCCUCUCGUCAAGCCAAGAUCCUCAAGUCCUUCACAAACGAUGGAUCCACCAAGGAAACCUUAGAUGGUGCAGAGAAGAAGGUUGAACCGGAGAAUAAGCGUACCCUUCCCAACACAAAGGUUAUUGUCACAACCGACUUGGGUUCAAGAGGUAUCGACACGGUAUCCGUCCGCCACGUUAUUCUCUACGAUGUCCCACAUACGACCAUUGACUUUAUCCACCGUCUCGGUCGAACAGGUCGUAUGGGCAGGCGAGGAAGGGGUAUCGUGCUGCUUGGACCCGGUGAUCGAGCGGAUGUCGUUAGGGAAGUCAGGGAAGCUAUGUUCAGGGGUGAAGCUCUGAUCUGA